AUGGGUGUCAUCACCUACUCUCAAGAAUUCAAAUCCGCCAUCGCCCCAUCGAGGAUGUUCAAGGCUUUGAUUGUUGACUCGCACAUUGUCAUCCCCAAGAUUGUCCCCGAGGGCAUUAAGAGCGUCGAGUUCAUCGAGGAGAUGGUGGAGCUGGUAGCAUCAAGAAAACUAACUUUGCCGAAACACAAAAUUGAUGCUCUUGACGUGGAUAAUUGUUAUUGCAAAUACACUUUGAUCGAGAGCGGUGUCCAAUUCGACAAGAUUGACUUCGUUGUCUAUGAGGUGAAAUUCAUCGCGGCCGACGGCGGAUGUGUUUGCAAGAUGACCAGUGAAUACCAUGCUAAGGAAGGUUGUGAACUGAAGGAGGAUGACAUCAAGCAGGGCAAAGAAAGCCAUGGGAUUGGUCAAGACCGUUGA